GAACAAAGAAAAAAACUGCUAUAUGUCAAAGGCAGUUAGUUAGUUAGUUAGUUAGUUACAAGCGAAAGAUAGAGAACUGAAAAGUAAUAAAGAUGAAUAUUAAACUAAUUGUGUUGAUUGUUCUUAGCGUAGUGAUAUUGGUUUCAGCCAAACCAGCAAAAAAGGAAAAGGGAGAAAAAGAUGAUAGUGAAGAUGAAAAAGAAGAAGAUGAUGACAUGACCCUCCUAGAGCAAUACAUUGAACUGUGUGAAGGCAUUAGAGAUGGCGAAAUAGAAAACACUCAGGCAAAACUUGAUGAUGUAUUUACACAAUUUAACACAACAUGUACCGAAAUAUUAAAGUAUGAUGUUGAAGAAGAGGAAGCAGAGGGCAUCGAAUCACUUGCAAAAAAUGAAAAGAAAGGCGGCAAAAAAGGUGGUAAAAAAGGUGGAAAAGGUAAAGGAAAAGGAGGCAAAAAAGACAAAGAAAAUAAAGCCAUAAAAAUGAUGAUGUACAUUUGCAUGUCUAUUGGAGUUCAAAGUUACAUGGAAUCAUUUCCAGAUGACACUCCAAGUGAACUAAUAGAUAUUUACAUAAAUGAUACGUAUCCCAUUUGUCAAGAAGCCUAUGAGAUUAUAGAAGGAGGAGCUGAAAAUGGGUUUAUUAAACUUUGCACAGCACUUGAUGAAGAAAAAGUUGAAAAUACAGACUCGGAUUACCAACCAUGGUUUGAUCAGCUCGAACCUAUAUGUGAAGACAUCUUGGCUGAAACAGAGGAAGUUGUAGAGAGCGAUUCAGAAAAAACACAUUCCAGAAAGAAAAAAGGUGGUAAAGGAGGCAAGAAGGACGAGAUGGAAGUAAAUUAUGCCCUUGUUAUGUUAACACAGUCCUGUGUUAAAUUGGACACAGUAGGAUUUCCAAAUGAUACCUCUGCAGAGUGGAAAACUAUCUUUGCUAGUCUUGAAACCAUUUGUGACAAUGUACUUGCUGGACCAGAAAAUGGCUUGUCUGAUUUGUGCAACGGCCUUGACAGUGGAGAAAUUGAGGUGAACAAUAAUAAGAAGUAUAAAAAGGCAUUCAAAAUGCUAGAUCCAGUAUGUGAAGCUAUAUUAAAGGAAGAGGCGGAAGAGGAAGUGGAGGUUCAGGAAAAUGCCGUUGAGUCAAGAUCUAAAAAGCAGGGAAACAAGAAAGGAGGUAAAAAGGGAGGUAAAGGAGGAAAGAAGAAGGAAGAGGAAUUGGGAGAAGCUGUUGAGAAGCUAAUUGAAUACUGUCAGUGGAUGAUGAUGCAAAUGGCAACAGGGACACCCGUAGACUAUCCUGUAGAACUGAUUGCCAGAUAUAAGCGAAUGGUAUAUGUCUGCAAGGCUGCAUACUAAUUGCAAGACAAGAAAAAAAGUUCAUAGAGUACAGAUAAUCACAAAUAACAUGAAAGAAAAAAAUCAACAUAACUUAUAGAUGUUGACAAUCUGAUUAAUAUCAUGUGCUUAAAGAAACUGAAAUAAAAUAUAACUCAUAUACAAAAUGUUAAUGUUAUUUGAACAUUU